AUGUAGUAAUUGCAACAGUGAGGAGGAGUGUCCACGUGUUUUUGACUACAGGAGGCCCGAGGGGCCCAGGGAAGUGAAGAUAGUGGGUCCAGAGCCAGUCUGUGGCUAGUAAAGUGACGCUUAUUUUUACCUGAGCCAAAGACUGCCUGGAUCUGACUUCCUGUAGGUGUUGCCAUCCUGUGUCCCAAUCCUCGCAAAGUGAUGGAAGGAGCCGGCGCAGAAGGAGGUGCAGGGUCAGGGUCACCCAAUCCAGGAGAAGCAGCUGCAGCAGAACCGGUUGUAGAGUUUCACGAAGAUGAAGAGAUUAUUGAAGUUCUGGAACUUAAUGAAGCAGACCCAGACCCCGAUGACCUUGCCAGUGAUAUGGAGGAUGUGGAUUUUGCAGAUGAGCCAGAAGAUGGAGAAAUGGCAGAUAAUGAGUGGGAGACAGAGGAUGAAGGUGUGGAGGAGGGAGCAGAACCUAAUGAUGACAGCGAGCUGACUUUCUCCAAGCACACAGCUUCUGUGUUCUGUGUCAGCCUGGACCGUAAGGAGGGCACUAUUGCUAUAACUGGCGGUGAAGACGAUAAGGCAUUUGUUUGGCGCCUGAGUGAUGGAGAAACCUUGUUUGAGUGCACUGGUCACAAGGACUCAGUCACAUGUGCAUAUUUCAGUCAUGAUUCAACCAUGGUGGCUACUGGUGACAUGAGUGGCCUCAUCAAGGUGUGGAAGGUUGAUGGCGGGCAGGAGAUCUGGUCAUUCGAAGUUGGAGAUUUGGAGUGGUUGGAAUGGCAUCCUUGCGCUCAUGUUUUGCUGGCUGGUACGGCAGACGGUAACACGUGGAUGUGGAAGAUUCCCAGCGGAGAGUGCAAGACCUUCCAGGGCCCCAAUUGUCCAGCCACCUGUGGCCAAUUUCUGCCAGAUGGAAGAAAGGCAGUUGUGGGCUAUGAAGAUGGAAGUGUGAGAAUCUGGGACCUGAAACAGGGAACCCCUCUGCAUGUCAUGAAAGGUAAUGAUGGGCAUAAAAUGCCUCUAACAUGUGUGUCUUCAAAUUCUGAUGGAAGCCUGGUACUUACUGGUUCUGUGGAUUGUGACACCAAAAUGGUGAAUACUGCAACUGGCAAGGUUGUUGGCGUAUUCCGGACAGAGAGCAAUGUGUCAAAAGCCUCCCUGCGAGAGGAUGGCGAAACUGAAUCAAACUCAGUGGAGUCUUUGGGCUUCUGUAGUGUACUUCCUCUGGCUGCAGUUGGUUACCUGGAUGGGACGUUGGCUAUUUAUGAUAUUUCUUCUCAGACUUUAAGGCAUCGUUGUCAGCAUGAGUCUGGCAUUGUGCAGCUGCUGUGGGAGGACAAUUCGCCUGUGGUCUACACUUGCAGCUUGGACGGUGCGGUCAGACUGUGGGACUCAAGAUCAGGGAAAAUGAUCAGGGAAUACCGUGGCCACUCAGCAGAAAUCCUUGACUUUGCAAUUAAUAAAGAUGCUUCCAUUGUGGUGACCGCUUCUGGAGACCAUAAAGCCAAAGUUUUCUGUGUGCAGCAACCUGACCGCUAAAUGAGUCUACCCGUGUGCGAGUCUCCUGUAUGAAGAAAAUGCACCAGGCCUUAUAGAAGGCUGAAGCAUUUGAUGUAAUCUAUACUACAAAUGUGUGUAUAUAUGUAUGUGUGUGUGUGUGCGCGCUUUUCAUACAGACAGAUAAUCCCUUAUGUAUAUAUACAUCUGCGACUGCGUAGGUGCAUGUGUAUCCUUUUACUACUGUUUAAUUCAUAAGUGGCCUGUCAAGGAAGGAAUUGUGUAAAAAGAGAAAAUUAAAUGUUUUUAUUCAAAUGUAA